UGUUGUGGUUCGCAGUCGCGCGGUUUCUCCCAUGUGGCGAUCUGUCAACAGUAUCGGAGUCGUCGAGGAGUAGACUGCUUCUAGACCGCGCGUGAAACGUGAAUCACUCUCGUAUACGCGACAGAUACAUACACGACAAUAUUGUCCCGCGACUGUAAUCAUGGAUCGAGCCUUUUUAAACGUGAUGAGCCUCAGCUGGGGAUUUAUGCUAGUCUUCACGGCAUUUCAAACGAUGGGCAAUAUAGAGAAAACUGUCUUGAACAGCAUUUCGGACGAAUUUGAAGAUUUCCAUGGUAAUGCUUAUGUCAGCCUGGCCAUAAUCUAUGCCGUGUUUGCGACCUGCAACUGGUUAGCACCGUCCUACAUUUCCGUGACAGGGCCACGGAUAGCGAUACUUACAGGUGCCUGUUGUUACGUCCUGUUCAUCGCUUCAUUCUUUUGGCCGCAUGAUGCUCUGUUGUAUACCAUGUCCGCUAUCGUCGGGAUUGGUGCCGCUCUGAUGUGGACCGGCCAUGGACAAUACCUAACGGAAAACAGUGAUAAUGAGACAAUGUCACGGAAUGCCGGUAUAUUUUGGGCGAUUUUCCAGACAUCGCAGUUCGCCGGUAAUCUGUUUGUCUUUUUCAUCUUUACAAAGUCCAAAAUUGACAAGGAACAACGGACAAUCGUAUUCAGCGUGCUAACUGGCCUCGCAGUAGUCGGUGCCGGGGUACUACUCGUAUUGAGAAAAUCGCCACAGAAGUUGUUGCUGGGUGAAGCUGAGGGGGUAUCUAACGCCGACAAAGAACUACGCCUGCCGGAACCAAGGCGUGAGAAACCGCUAUUGGCUGCGUGGAACGCCUUCGUGGAUGCAAUUAGGCUCUUCCUCACGUCGAACAUGCUGCUACUAUCAUUGACAUUUAUUUAUACAGGUCUCGAGCUUACCUUCUAUUCCGGUGUAUAUUCUAGCAGCAUUGGCUUCGUGAAGGCAUUGGGUGAGGAUCGUAAGAAAUUGGUGGGACUAUCCGGUAUUUUUAUUGGUGUCGGCGAAGUCGUGGGCGGCGCGGUCUUCGGCAUUCUUGCGUCCAAGAUAUCCCGUAAGUGCGGUGGCUGGCCGGUGAUACUCACUGGUCUGACUGUGCAUUUAUUCGCCUUCAUCAGCAUCUUCCUGAAUCUACCAAACGAUGCAUCGUUCAAGGACACAGAUAAUGUAGGCUACAUUGAGACAUCAAAGUUCCUCGCAUUGGCAGGCAGUCUUGCCCUCGGUUUCGGCGACGCCUGCUACAACACGCAAGUCUACUCGCUAUUAGGCGUCCUGUUCGCUAACGAGAGUGCGUCGGCCUUUGCUCUCUUUAAAUUUUGUCAAUCUGUCGCAGCAGCUAUUAGCUUCUCAUACAGUACUGAGGUGGGAUUGUAUGUACAACUCGCGGUGCUACUCGUGGCUAUAUUCAUCGGUACGGGGGCCUUCUGCUAUGUCGAAUACAAAGUAAAAAAAUCGAAGAAUGAAUCCUCACAGGAAAUUGAUCCAGCGUUGGUCGAUGCCACAAGCGGUGAAGAUUGAUAAGGCUAGUUAAAGCAAGCAAGCUAGCAAAUUCUUUAGGUUGCAAAGAUACAUAACGAGUUUGAAUGCGAAUGAAGUGUGCGAAAACUCUCGAGAAAUAACAUCGUGGAACAUAAGAAACUGUGUUAAAAAUAAAGCAACUCACGGUAGCUCAAACGAGCGUUAACGCACAUUAUUUUAAUACAUUAACGAUAAGAUUGAUAAGAUAUUUUUGCAAAUAUAAGUAUUAGAUAAUGUAUGAAUCCUUCUAUAAUUGAAGACUAUAUUAGCUCAAAUAAAAAGUAGUCGAAAAUAUUAAUUGCGAAUUGCGAGUUUUUUCGUAAUUUUUGUUUUUCAAAAUGUUAAUAUAAGAAGUCUUUAUUAUAAGUCAAGUGUGUUUUCCAUUUGAUGACAAGUCGAUCCAAGCGUCGUUUUAUCCUUCUUAACAUUCAGAGAGUGAUAAAGAGAGAACGACACUUGAGUCGAUUUAUUGUAUCAUCAAAUGGAAAGUAUCUAAUAUUGUUUGAGCGAUUACAUAAAGAGGACAUCCAGGAAUAUACUUUCCGUCGAAUGUUAUAGUCUUCCAGUAUGUAUAUAUACAUGUAUAUUUCUCAAUCUCUUUCAAUUUCGGAAUAACUGUGUUUUAGAUAUUCCCUCUUUUAAAGCGGUCUUUAUAUAUGCAAGUAUGCCAAAUACGUAUUUAUUGGCGUCAUCAAUGUUUCCAUUACUGAAAUGUUGCGUCAUUCACAGUUGAAAGAACGCUGCCUUGAAGACAUUGAUCUAAUCUAUUUUCUUUCAGAUAUCCGAUAUUGUUAUAUUAAAAUGCAAGAUUUUCAUCUUAACGAGGAAUAUAAUUGAUAUAAUAAUUUUUUUUUCAUCUACUCGAAAGCUGUAAGUGUGCUUUGCAUUCAUUGCAAGCUUCUUUAUAUAAGUUCUAAUUAUGUAUGUUUGACUAUGAGAUCAUGUUUGUUUUAGAUGAUUUGUGCAUCAGUUUUGCACUGCGAUUUUGUGACUAACUAGUCUGUAACAUGAAUCCGCCACAAAAAAACUCGCGUUUAACUAGUCCAUAACGCAGUAUAUCGAC